UUGGGGCUGCGUCAAUCUCCUCCUCCUGUGCCGGCCAGCGGAGCGGGAGAAGAAGGCACCCCAGGCAGGCCCGGGGAAGAGAAAUCCAUCCGGGGCUGGUCCUGCAGCCUCGCCGAGCCGCAGAGGACCCAGGGCGCGGGAAAGGGCUCCAAGCUGGACGCGAGCGCAGCUCAGCCCGGCGGCCCGGCGGCGGCCACCAGUCCUACGGAGCGCGCUCUACUCCCAGACGGAGGUGGCGACGGAGGCGGCGGCGGCAUGGAUUCAGGCCCGGAGGAGUACGAGAUGAACGGGGUUGCAGGGCCCGGCUCCCCAGCCUCCUCAGGGGGAAGGUCUGUUGCUGGCUGGGGCUGGAGGAACAGAUCCAUCAACAUAAACCACUAUGCUAACAAGAAGAGUGCAGCUGAAAGCAUGCUAGACAUUGCCCUGCUGAUGGCCAAUGCCUCCCAGCUAAAGGCUGUGAUAGAACAAGGACCCUCCUUUGCAUUUUUUGUCCCACUUAUCGUUCUCAUCUCUGUCUCCCUCGUACUCCAGGUGGGAGUGGGCGUGCUUCUGAUCUUUCUGGUAAAGUAUGAUCUUAACAAUCCUGCCAAGCACGCAAAACUGGAUUUCCUCAACAACCUGGCGACAGGGCUGGUGUUCAUCAUUGUCGUUGUCAACAUUUUUAUCACAGCAUUUGGAGUUCAGAAACCAUCUGUUGAUAUUUCUGCCCAGCAGUAGAAUUUAUUCAGAAAACAUCGUUCCCUUCCUGCAGUCAUAUGGUGUAAGAAAUUCACCAAAGCCAUGGCUUCUCUCUAAAGGCAAGGAGAAGAACGUCAGUUUUUCCUAAGCAAACCUUCUCCUUCCAUGUUUUUCCUGAGUGAACUCUCCUGGAGCACAUAUCAUCAUUACUCAUUGGCACAUGUACCUGAACACAUUGUCUUAGAUGGGUGGGAAGGGAGGGUAGGCAUUUCAUUCGGUGUGCAGAAGAAAUCUUACUGGGACUCUUGUCUUUCCCCUCUGGAAGAAAUUUAACCCAACAAGUAUUUAUUAAACACUGACUAUGUGCAAGGCACCGGACUGAGAACAUAAAGACCCCAACUAAGAUACCCCCUGCCUCCAGGAAGCUUCCAUUCUACUAGGUGCCUGCCCACAAGAUGGACUGCCCUCUGAGAGACCAGAGAGUAUUCUGAAUGGCAGAAUGCCUGCAAAAUCACUGGACAAUAAAUAGAAGUUCUCUUUGUCAGUUCAGAAACCAGGGCUUUUCCAUGUGUGGCUUGUCUGAGUCCCUGUGGGCCCCAUCCCUGGCUGUUGGAGGCUGUCUCCCUAGAGGUGCUGAACAAUUGGACAGAUUUGGAGAAUCAACCUCAGCACCCCUGUGCCUUCUGAAUUCCUCAUGCCACCGUGUACUUAAAAGAAAGUUAAAAUGCCCUUAAAAACCAAGCUAGGACCUUUUGAUGUUUAGUAUCUCCCUUCCCCUAGUAGGAGCAGAAAUUGGGCUCUUUUUUCCUUAGAAAGCAGCUUGUACCAUGCUAACCACAGAGUAGUCUUGGGUCCUGACCCACAGUAUUUGCCAAAAGGCCUUCUUCCUUCAUCCUGUUUCUGAGUCACUGUUCAAAUGGGAGACUUGCCUUGGCUGGGCUGCCUCCAUUCCUAGGUGAACGCUGGCACUCACCUCUUUGAUGGCAGGUUCCCAGCUUCCUGUCUGUUGCUUUUCUUGUAGAAGCCCUCACUCCCAGGCCAGGCUCAGAAGAAACAGUAUCAGAAUUUUUACCUGUUCCUUAGGUUGGCUGAGACCUCUUCACAUAGGGAUAUUCUUUCAUCCAUGCAGGGGCAACAAGAAAGAAAAAAGAAAACAUCUGAGUUAUUUCUUGCUGUGGUUAAAAAUGAAUCUUUUCUGAAAGAAAAUGGAAUUGUAAAUAAAGCUUCUCAUACUCUUAUUUCCCAA